AUGAGACCACCAGAAAACCCCCUAGAAUGGCUCGAUGACUUCGCAGCAUCUGUUCUCCAGGAGGAACUGGAUAAUGUGGUCAUCAACGCUGCAAUGGGCAUGAUGGAUCCCUCCAUUGCAUCCCAUGUGGUGGACAGUUCCGUUGUGGGGGACCUGUAUGCCGAGAUCAUCGAACAAGCUGUGAAGGAGUCCAUGGAUGGAUAUGAGGAGUCUUGCAAGGAUAUGUCAGUAGAACAGCUGGAAGACAAGCUCAAGGACAUGUCUGGUCUCUUCCAUGGCCAACGUCUAUCCUUAUGGCAGAGCUUGGCUCGUUGGAGUACCAAGUCGGUUGGUCACAUUUCCGGCCAGACCAAGGGCAACUAUGCUGUAGAAGAGUCUCCCUUCAACUUGAAAUCUUUGGACGAUACUAAUGAGAGCCUGCGAAAGACAUUGACCAAGAGGGAAGCCGAUUUUAAAUCACAGUUCGGAUCGGCACCCCCAGAAAGCUUGGAUCCCGAAAAUCUCCCUGAAAGCGCUCGAGCGAACGCGGAGCGUGUUCCACCCUUUGAGAGACAACGAUUCUCCAAACUCCAACCUUCGGAUACCCUCACAAACAAUCUCUUCAAGAUUUACGAGUCCAACAACGGUAUACAGCCUCCCGAGGAGCAAGAUAUUCUCCCCGCCCUCUCCAUCCCGACCCCACAAGUUCAGAUCGCUCGACCAGGGUCUCACAAGCUGCUAAACAGUCGGCUUUCAUUCUUCCGCGGGGUGGAUCGUUUCGCCUCGGCGGUAUCCAACGACCCUUCAUGGAAGCCUUUCAAGCGAGCGGGUAUGGUUCCUGAUGACACUUUCAUUGAUUGGGAUAAAGUCGACUUUAGGCUGGUGGAAGAGGAUGAUAUUGAUGCGCCUACGAAGCUUCAAGAGCUCUGGCCGAAGCGUAUUGAGGAUGUGACCAGCGCCGGUCAUAUCCAAGAGUACGAAGAGAUGACGGCAGACCAAGAGAAGUCGGAGAAGGGGGAGUGGUCCCCUACUGAGGAAGAUUUCAGCUAUUUGACAAGAUAG